UACUAGUCAAAAUAAUUAGAACAGUCCUUUCGCCUAAAUGGACUCGGGUGAGGCCUUUUUCGAACCCGGGUAGGGUUUUGUAGAAUCACUAUAUAUAAAAAUGUUGUCUCUCACCUUCGACCCGGCUAAGACCUACUUCCUCAGCAACAUCUGAGCAAAGCCCCAGCAGGGUUCCAUUCUAUAUCGCUUCAGAAAUGGCGGCAGUUCCUGGGCAGCUGGUGUGGGAGAUUGUAAAGAAGAACAAUUGUUUCUUGGUCAAGGAGUUCGGUAAUGGCACCGCUGGCGUUGUCUUCAGCAAGGAACCGAACAAUCUCUACAAUCUUCACUCUUACAAGCACUCUGGGUUAGCAAACAAGAAAACUGUGACAAUUCAAGGGGGGAAAGAUCAAACUGUGCUCCUGGCCACAACCAAGACCAAGAAGCAGAACAAACCUGCUAAUUUGCUAAACAAAUCUGUCAUGAAGAAGGAAUUCCACCGCAUGGCCAAGGCUGUCACCAACCAGGUUGCUGACAACUACUACAGACCGGACUUGAAGAAAGCAGCUCUGGCAAGGUUGAGUGCCGUUAACAGAAGCCUUAAGGUUGUCAAAUCCGGCCCCAAGAAGAAGAAUAGGCAGGCCUGAGCACAUAAGCAUUUAUGUCUCUUUUGUCUAGACAAUCUUGAGUUCUGUUUAAACUGUGCCUCUUUAUUAUUCUAUUUAAAAAGCAAUUUGGUGUCUCAAUUCUCUUUAUCUCAAACAAAAAGCGUCCUUCUAGUUUACCCUUUGCAAUGUUGGUUUAUGCUCGAGUGACUUUAAAGCUUUUUUGUGAACUACACCAGAAAUUGUCCGUUACAAAUGUGAACUAAAACAAUCCCCUAGAUCUCUUUUAAAUACUAUAUUCUCUUGUACUAUACAUUUUUCCUUAUCUUGUGGGUAUGUGGACCUCUUUUAUCAGGUAAGCGUCUAGAAUUUAUUUUUCAGCUGA